AUGCUGAAGUCAAACAAGACAAUACUGAUAGUGGCCCUGGGAGUUCAGUCAGUUGUUUUCAUCUGCUUCCUCGCUCAGCUUCACAGCAGCUAUUCCCCCCAGGAAAAGAAGCCAGCUCAGGUGCACACCCUCAUUCUCUCCUCCUGGCGGUCAGGAUCUUCCUUCACUGGCCAGCUCUUCAGCCAGCACCCUGAUGUCUUCUACCUGAUGGAGCCUGCCUGGCACGUGUGGACAGCCAUGUACCAGAACAGGGCCAAAGCCUUACAGAUGGCAGCACGUGACCUCAUCAGGUCUGUCUUUCUGUGCGACAUGUCUGUGUUUGAUGCCUACAUAUCUACACAGAGGAAUAAAUCUGAUUUAUUUCAGUGGGAGGCCAGCCGGGCCCUGUGCUCCCCCCCUGCAUGUGACCAUUUCCAGCGCAACCACAUCAUUUCCAAAACCGCCUGCAAGACCCUUUGUGGCAAGUACCCAUUCAGCAAGGUGGAGGAAGCUUGCAAGACCUAUAGCCACACAGUCAUCAAGGAGGUCCGGUUCUUUGAUCUGACAGUUCUCUAUCCCCUUCUCAUUGACCCCUCCCUGAAUCUCAAAAUCAUUCACUUGGUUCGUGACCCCAGGGCUGUGUUCCACUCUCGUGAGAAAACACUGGCUGCUCUGAUGCACGACAGUAACAUUGUGGUGGGGCCCCAGAAUAACCAAGGGGAGAGGGGGCCCUACAAAGUGAUGCAGGAAAUCUGUAAAAGUCACAUCCGGAUUUACACUGAAGGCAGCCAGGCCCUUCCCAGCUUCCUCAAAGGCCGCUACAUGCUGGUGCGCUAUGAAGAUAUUGUCAGUGAUCCCCUGGCAAAGGCUGCACAGAUAUAUAAGUUUGCAGAGCUCCACUUCACACCCAAACUUCAGGUGUGGGUGUACAACAUCACUCAUGGGAAAGGCCUGGGGACGCAGGCCUUUGACAUUGGCUCCAGAGAUGCAGUGAAUGUGUCUCAGGCCUGGAGGAAGAACCUGCCCUUCCAGAAAAUAGCAAAGUUGCAAAAUGUGUGCAAAGAUGCCAUGGACCUAUUGGGUUAUCGACUAGUGAUGUCUGAGGAAGAACAGAAGGAUAUGGCACUGAACCUGUUAUUUACCCAGAGCCUUCCACCCAGUGACACGGGGAACUAA